AUGCACCAUAGUGGCCGCAACUUUGUUGUUGAUUUGAAUGCCCACGAUUGUUCAUGCCAUGCUUGGGAUUUGAAUGGAAUACCAUGUUCGCAUGCUUGUGCUGCAAUAAGUUGGUUUCAUGGGAAUCCAGAGGACUUUUGUGAUGCAGUGUACAAGAAAGAGGCUUAUUUGAGAGCCUAUGAACCAAUGAUUAUGCCUAUGACCAGCCAAGAUCAGUGGAUGAAGAUUAAUUUACCUGCAUUACUCCCUCUGAAAUACCACAAGCAGCCUGGUAGGCCUAAGAAGACAAGAAAACAAGCUGUUGAUGAACCUAAACAACCUGCUAAUCCAUAUAAGCUUCCUAGGUAUGGCAUCCCUUUAAAGUGUGGCAAUUGCAGUGGAGAAGGGCAUAAUCGAAUUAGUUGUAAGGAACCUAGAAAUCCCAACAUAAAGCCUACUAGGAAGAGGAAAGUUGCCAAGAAAAACUUGCAGUAA